GUCAAAACACUCAGGCCAGACAGACGCUCGCAACGUUCCCGGAAGACCUCCCACCCUCGGGCCAUAGAGACGAAAGGACAGAAGUGCCACCCUUGCGCAGCCGAGACCCCGCCCCCGUUCCGCGCCUCCAGCGGAAGCCGGAAGCAAAAGCGGGCCCUGCUAGCCCCGCGGCUCGGUGGUCUCGGAGGCUCCGCAGGAUUGGGGAGAAGAUGGCGGAAGAGGAGUUCUCCAAUACAACUCAUGAAGGUUUCAAUGUCACCCUUCACACCACCCUGGCGGUCACUACGAAACUGGUGCGCCCGAGCCCCGCUAAGCCCAUCCUCCCGGUGCAGACGGGGCAGCAGGCUCAGCAGGAGGAGCAGUCGAGCGGCAUGACCAUUUUCUUCAGCCUCCUGGUGCUCGCUAUCUGCAUCAUAUUGGUGCAUCUACUGAUCCGAUACAGAUUACAUUUCUUGCCAGAGAGCGUUGCUGUUGUCUCUUUAGGUAUUCUCAUGGGAGCAGUUAUAAAAAUUAUAGAGUUUAAAAAAUUGGCAAAUUGGAAGGAGGAAGAAAUGUUUCGUCCAAAUAUGUUUUUCCUCCUUUUGCUUCCACCUAUUAUAUUUGAGUCAGGAUAUUCAUUACACAAGGGUAACUUCUUUCAAAAUAUUGGUUCCAUCACCCUAUUUGCUGUUUUUGGUACGGCAAUUUCCGCUUUUGUAGUAGGUGGAGGAAUUUACUUUCUGGGUCAGGGGUUUUUUUUUUGUGUCUGUGUGUUUGUGUUUUUUAUUUUACAGGCUGAUGUAAUCUCUAAACUCAACAUGACAGACAGUUUUGCAUUUGGCUCCCUAAUAUCUGCUGUUGAUCCAGUGGCUACUAUUGCUAUUUUCAAUGCACUUCAUGUGGACCCAGUGCUCAACAUGCUGGUUUUUGGAGAGAGCAUUCUCAACGAUGCGGUCUCCAUUGUCCUGACCAACACAGCUGAAGGUUUAACAAGAAAAAAUAUGUCAGAUGUCAGUGGGUGGCAAACAUUUUUACAAGCCCUUGGCUACUUCCUCAAAAUGUUCUUUGGCUCAGCAGCACUCGGCACUCUCACUGGCUUAAUCUCUGCAUUAGUGCUAAAGCAUAUUGACUUGAGGAAAACGCCUUCCUUGGAGUUUGGCAUGAUGAUCAUUUUUGCUUAUCUUCCAUAUGGGCUCGCAGAAGGAAUCUCACUCUCAGGCAUUAUGGCCAUCCUGUUCUCAGGCAUCGUGAUGUCUCACUACACACACCAUAACCUGUCCCCAGUCACCCAGAUCCUCAUGCAGCAAACCCUCCGGACUGUGGCCUUCUUGUGCGAAACAUGUGUGUUUGCAUUUCUUGGCCUGUCCAUUUUUAGUUUCCCUCACAAGUUUGAAAUUUCCUUUGUCAUCUGGUGCAUACAUGACCUUGGACACUUGUUCAAGGUAAAGAUUACGAGGCCCUUACCUCCUUUGGAGAUUCAUCUGGAGGAAUCAUCAUCCCAGGUGCUUGUGCUGUUUGGCAGAGCGGUGAACAUUUUCCCUCUCUCCUACCUCCUGAAUUUCUUCCGUGAUCAUAAAAUCACACCAAAGAUGAUGUUCAUCAUGUGGUUCAGCGGCCUGCGGGGGGCCAUCCCCUAUGCCCUGAGCCUGCACCUGGACCUGGAGCCCAUGGAGAAGCGGCAGCUCAUCGGCACCACCACCAUCAGCAUCGUGCUCUUCACCAUUCUGCUGCUGGGCGGCAGCACCAUGCCCCUCAUCCGCUUCGCGGACAUCAAGGACGCCAGGGCGCGCCGCAGGAACAAGAAGGACGUCAACCUCAGCAAGACCGAGAAGAUGGGCAACACCGUCGAGUCGGAGCACCUGUCGGAGCUCACCGAGGAGGAGUACGAAGCCCACUACGUCAGGCGGCAGGACCUCAAAGGCUUCCUGUGGCUGGACGCCAAGUACCUGAACCCCUUCUUCACGCGGCGGCUGACCCAGGAGGACCUCCACCACGGGCGCAUCCAGAUGAAAACCCUCACCAACAAGUGGUACGAAGAGGUGCGCCAAGGCCCCUCCGGCUCCGAGGACGACGAGCAGGAGCUGCUGUGACCGAGCGGGAUGCGUGGCUUCCGGGCAGCCGGGGCCGCAGCACUGCCAUCCAGCCUCCCCGCGGCUCCCAGGACGGCCACCCAGCAAGGGCCCCCGAGGCGUGUGCAUUUGGCACUUCUUUGGGGCGGAUGGAAGCAGGGUGACACACAGGCUACUGUCGUCUUAACCCAGGACCUCCCAGGCCUUUGGAGCCAGCCGGCUGCCCUGAAGCACCCUUUCCCCGCUCCUCACUGGGCUGGACCUCUCCCCUCAGGGUGGCUUCCCAGCCCGCGGAUUGGAGGGACCACCUUUGCAGGUACAUGUUUCCUUCUGCUUCUGUAGCCGGGGAAUAGUCAUCUGUCACGCCAAGGUGCCUGAGAGGAGAAAUCCUGCCAUGGACCCACUGUGCAGGGCGUCCCGGGAGCGUGGUGCGCCGUUGCCGCCAUCCCUGGCCACUGCCUUCAUUACAGGGGCCCUUCCCUGCCGGACGGGUGUCGGUAACAGCAGGACGAGAGGCCAGCCGCCGCUUGCCUGUGCGUCAUCAAGGCGCCUCCGCCCUCAGCAGCGGCGAUUCUCACUUAAGCAGCAGGCUCAGAGGCCUUGGAAACCUCACACUCCCCUUCGUGAUGUCGCUUGCACUCCCUGAGAAAGAGAAACUGAGUGACCUUUUUCUCUACCUCUGAUUGGCACCUCACAGGCUGUCUCCCUGGGCAGCACGCAGCUACUGCCCUUCUCUGGGAAUACUGUGAAUGUUUACACUGGAACCGAGCACGAGGGCACAGGCACCUCUCUAGAGCCCCAUUGGAAGCCGUAUCCCUGGGUUUUUUGGGGGUGAGUGACCCUAUUCUGUGGGGUCAGAGCACCCUCUAGAGGGAAAGUCUUCAGGGUUUAUGCUGGCCAGCAGCUGCUGUCUUUGAAUUCAGUUUAAAUUCAUGCACUUUUACAAAGUGGUGAGAGCCUAGCAGUCCCUUCCCUGACCUCGAUUCCUUACUCAGUGGUCCUUGUUUGUUCAGAGGCCCCUUUUCCUGGGCUCUGCCCACCGUUUACCUGCUGCACCUUCACUGCUCAUCGGCAUCUUUUCUUUUCCCUCCCAGUUCUCUACCAUCUUGGGUCCCAUUUGUCCCUGUGCUCCUCCUCUGCCACCGCUCCCCAGGACUCCAGUGGCCUGCAGCCAGAUGCAUCUGAGUCUUACCUGCAAUCGCUGAGCAGCCACUGCUCCCUCAGGACUCGCUCACAGAGCGCUUGCCCGUGCGCGCGCACACACCACACACACACCCCUGCCCCGGCCACGCGCGCACACACACACACACCACACACACACACACACACACCCCUGCCCCGGCCACGU